GUUAACCGGUACGUGUCGGUAUUGCAGGAUAAAAAUAUACACCAACACCGUUAAAAUGUCAGGCGACUCUUGGAUAAUGGAGUACGAUAGAUGCUCCCAGCUGGGGCUGGAAAUAAUGGAAAAAAUAAAUGAAAGAAACAAGCACAAUCGGACUAGUAACCCCUACACAAAGCUUUCUGCAAAGAUAAGAUCAUCAAUGAAGCAGUUCUCAAGUGAUGCUGAGCGGUUGAAAAAUAACUUGAUAAAAGCCACAUCAUCCUACCACAUUACUCAGAGAGAGAUAGACAGAAGGCAAGUGAUGAUUGAUCAGCUUAUAACCAAGGAGAAGCAGAUUGAAGAGGCAUUUAAAAAUGAGAGUGGUGUUGCCAGGUCCCAGCUGCUGGCUGGCGGGGUGGACUCAGACCCCUGGGGCGUGAAGGAGGAGCCAGAAGAGUUCAAGGGCAUCCAGAACACGGGACUCCGUGUGCAGCAGCAGCAAAUUAUCAAGGAGCAGGACAAAGGAUUGGAUGCCUUAUCAGAAGUGAUAGCACGACAAAAGAACAUGGCUUUAGACAUUGGUAAUGAAGUGGAUCAACAAAAUGAAAUUUUGGAUGAUAUUAUCGACCACACUGACAGGAGCAACCAAAGACUCAUUAAAGAAACACGUCAUAUUAGAAUUGUGGACAGGAAAUCAGCAACAUGUGGUAUAUGGGUGGUGAUAGUUCUGCUGUUUGUGGCCAUCAUAGUGGUAGCGGUAGUCCCUGGGGGCAAGAGCUUGUAGCAGGCAGGGGAUUGCAAUGCAUGCGCACGAGCUCACACCGGCAUGACACGAGGCUCGCGGUGAUGAUCAUUCAUAUUAAAUGACAUAUUUUGUUAAUUUCAAACUUCCUAGAGUUUGUGGACAUGAGAGUUAUCAUAUAUAUUUUUUUAGAUUGUAAGGUGUACGAAGUUUGAAGUAAUUACUUGAAAAUUAAUAUACUUGUAUGUUUUAAAAAUAUGAUAUUUUACUGUGAAUAUUUUAUAUGUAUAAAUUAAUUGUAGAUAUAUGUAUGCGUUUAUCGAUGGAUCAUGUAAUAAUUUGUAUUUUGCAUUUUGUUAAAUAUGAUAAAACUUGUUAUCCUUA